UCACGUGACAAUUUAUUACAUUAAAUUGUAUAUAGUCUCUCUAUGGUUCUAUAUAAUCUCAUACUUUCUACCUCAUCUCUAUAGUAAUCCCAUAAUCAACAAGACACUCUAAUAGUAAUAUCUCAACCUCCGUCUCGUUUUCCCAUUAACCUACCCGUUUGUUAGAUUAUGACUAAUACUCUCUGUUUAAGCCUCAUCACCCUAAUAACGCUUUUUAUAAGUUUAACCCCAACCUUAAUCAAAUCAGAUGAGGGCAUUGAUGUUUUCUUACCCAUAUCACUCAACCUUACGGUCCUAACCGAUCCCUUCUCCAUCUCUGCCGCUUCUCACGACUUCGGUAACAUAACCGACGAAAAUCCCGGCGCCGUCCUCUGCCCUUCCUCCACCACGGAGGUGGCUCGUCUCCUCCGUUUCGCUAACGGAGGAUUCUCUUACAAUAAAGGCUCAACCAGCCCCGCGUCUACUUUCAAAGUGGCUGCUCGAGGCCAAGGCCACUCCCUCCGUGGCCAAGCCUCUGCACCCGGAGGUGUCGUCGUGAACAUGACGUGUCUCGCCAUGGCGGCUAAACCAGCGGCGGUUGUUAUCUCGGCAGACGGGACUUACGCUGACGUGGCUGCCGGGACGAUGUGGGUGGAUGUUCUGAAGGCGGCGGUGGAUAGAGGCGUCUCGCCGGUUACAUGGACGGAUUAUUUGUAUCUCAGCGUCGGCGGGACGUUGUCGAACGCUGGAAUCGGUGGUCAGACGUUUAGACACGGCCCUCAGAUUAGUAACGUUCAUGAGCUUGACGUUAUUACCGGAAAAGGUGAAAUGAUGACUUGCUCUCCAAAGUUAAACCCUGAAUUGUUCUAUGGAGUUUUAGGAGGUUUGGGUCAAUUCGGUAUUAUAACGAGGGCCAGGAUUGCGUUGGAUCAUGCACCCACAAGGGUGAAAUGGUCUCGCAUACUCUACAGUGACUUCUCGGCUUUUAAAAGAGACCAAGAGCGUUUAAUAUCAAUGACCAAUGAUCUCGGAGUUGACUUUUUGGAAGGUCAACUUAUGAUGUCAAAUGGCUUCGUAGACACCUCUUUCUUCCCACUCUCCGAUCAAACAAGAGUCGCAUCUCUUGUGAAUGACCACCGGAUCAUCUAUGUUCUCGAAGUAGCCAAGUAUUAUGACAGAACCACCCUUCCCAUUAUUGACCAGGUACUAAAAUCCAUUAUUCAUGAUGAUUAUCUUCACACAAUCAGUAUCAUCACCAAUUACCAUCAUCACUUGUCAUAUAUGAUCCAAAGUAAAUAUAUCACAUGAUAUAAAUAAAUCGUUCAAAUCUUUUUUUUUAAAGAAUAAAAGAAUCAUUUUCAAGCAUUACUCAUACACAUCUACGAAUCACCGUGACCAUAUAUAACCAUACGCUUAUUAAAUAAUCAUUUUUGUUUGUAGGUGAUUGACACGUUAAGUAGAACUCUAGGUUUCGCUCCAGGGUUUAUGUUCGUACAAGAUGUUCCGUAUUUCGAUUUCUUGAACCGUGUCCGAAACGAAGAAGAUAAACUCAGAUCUUUAGGACUAUGGGAAGUUCCUCAUCCAUGGCUUAACAUCUUUGUCCCGGGGUCUCGAAUCCAAGAUUUUCAUGAUGGUGUUAUUAAUGGCCUUCUUCUAAACCAAACCUCAACUUCUGGUGUUACUCUCUUCUAUCCCACAAACCGAAACAAAUGGAACAACCGCAUGUCAACGAUGACACCGGACGAAGAUGUUUUUUAUGUGAUCGGAUUACUGCAAUCAGCUGGUGGAUCUCAAAAUUGGCAAGAACUUGAAAAUCUCAACGACAAGGUUAUUCAGUUUUGUGAAAACUCGGGAAUUAAGAUUAAGGAAUAUUUGAUGCACUAUACAAGAAAAGAAGAUUGGGUUAAACAUUUUGGACCAAAAUGGGAUGAUUUUUUAAGAAAGAAAAUUAUGUUUGAUCCCAAAAGACUAUUGUCUCCAGGACAAGACAUAUUUAAUUAACUUAUCACAUGUCUUAAUUAAUUUGUUAUGUAACUUUAGAACGUAUUUUUAUAACAUAUACAGACAAGUACGUUCAUCGUCUAACUAACAAAUAUUAUAGUUUAGUGAUUUGGUUAGGCUACUUACGUUAAUCUUUUUCGUUCUUGUAUGAAAUAUAUUGUAUAAGUCAAAAGACAAAGAAAAAUAUAUUAUUAUAGCGGUAUAGG